UAACCACGAACGUUAAGGAACCCAGACAGCUAGUUAUCUGUAAAAACUAGCCAUGUGUGGUGUGCAGUUUGGUGAGCUACUAGCGCGACUGCCACACCCAAGUCACCAACCUCGUCAGAGUUCGGCUUACCAGAAGUGACUUCCAGCAACAGCCGAAACAACCACUAAUAAUAUAGCGGAAGCGAAAACGCCCACACAUCCUUCAAAUCUAAAGCUGGUAUGCUUCGAAAAUCCAGUUCCGGCUUGUGAUCGAGCAGAGCAGCAUGAUGCCACUUCCUACCUCUCCUUCCUCGAGCCCAAGGCUGCUGCGCAGCAGCAGCAGCGAGUGGCACGCCGUGGUGCAGAGGAACGUCAGAUCCUCGCUGCUGCUGCUCCUGGUGCUCUCCACCAUCUUCGUCUUCUCCGUCCUCUACUCGUCGCACGGCUUCGGCGUCGGAACGACGGCUGACCAGGCGCUCACGCAGAGGCAGAGCACCCAUCAUGGAGCCAUCGAUCGUUUUGUGCCCGGGCAGGAGGAAGCCGAUGAACCGAUAGCAGUCCCUGCCGAGAACAAUGAGGCGUCAGAACAGAACCUAGCUUCAGACAUCUCGUUGCCAUCAGCAAACACGUCAACAGCUCCCGCAGUUCCUGCAUCAAGCAGAUCAGAUCAAAGAGCGGCGCAUGUUGAGCAGAAAUGCGACAUGUCUAUGGGGAAAUGGGUGAGGGAGCCACGGGGUCCAGUCUACACAAACCUGACGUGCCCGACGCUGCCGGACUUCAAGAACUGCCAGAAGUACGGCAAGGACCCGGGGCACCUCUUCUGGCGGUGGCAGCCGGACGGCUGCGACCUGCCGCGGUUCGCGCCGGAGCGGUUCCUCGACGUCGCCCGCGGGAAGACGCUCGCGUUCAUCGGCGACUCCCUGGCGCGCAACCAGAUGGAGUCGCUGCUCUGCCUGGUCUCGCAGGCCGAGACGCCGACGGACGUGUACCGCGACGCGUUCGACAAGUUCCGGACGUGGCACUUCCCGGAGCACAACUUCACGCUCAUGGCGAUGUGGACGGAGUUCUACGCGCACGCCGUGCCGGUGCUCGGCGCCGACGGCAAGCCGACGCCCUCCUUCGACAUCCACCUUGACAGGCUCAACGCCAACUGGACGGCUCGCCUGCCGGGGCUGGACUACGCCGUCAUCUCCGGCGGCAACUGGUUCUUCCGCGUCAACUACCUCUGGGAGGACGGUCGCCGGAUCGGCUGCGUCAACUGCCGGGAGCCCGGACUCACGGACCUCGGCAUCGUCUACGCCGUCCGCCGCGUCGUCAGGGCGGCGCUCGAGGCUGUCGCCGGGUGCCGGGACUGCAAGGACGGACUCGUCACGUUCCUGCGCACCUACACGCCCGACCACUUCGAGCACGGCUCCUGGUUCAGCGGCGGCUACUGCAACAGGACGCGGCCGCUGGAGGAAAGCGAGAUCAGCUUGGCGAGCAUCGGGUGGGAGCUGAGGAGGGUGCAGAGCCAGGAGGUGACGAGGGUGAGGGAGACGACCGGGAAGACGACGAGCUUUGAGCUGCUGGACGUGACCAAGGCGAUGAUGCUGCGCGCCGACGGCCACCCCGGCGGGCACUACGACAAGCGGUGGGUCAGGAACGCCAGCGACUGCCUGCACUGGUGCCUGCCCGGCCCUGUCGACAUGUGGAACGGCAUGCUGCUCCAGAGGCUCGCACACAUCUCGCCGCAGCCGCUGCUGUAAAGGGAUCACAUUGGCAUGUUUUCUUCGAGCCUACACACUGAAAUAUUUAUUGUUCUAAAAAGAACGUGUUUAGUAUGUUCUUUGCCAUUCAGACGCCGGCCACAAUCAUCUUGGCCAGUAUGUCGUUGAACGUGUCGACCAGCCCCGGCGCGCACCAGUGCAGGCAGUCGUUGGCCACGGUCUCCGGCACGG